AUGGAAGAAGCUCAAUCUGCAGGCAUACACAAGAAGUUUAAACUAGUCAGUAACAUGAUUAGUACUGGCAUUAUGAUCCUUUUUGAUUACAAUGGCUGUUUAAAGAAAAAGGAAUAUUUAGUUAGAGAACUUACUGCAGAGUUUCUACGUUUACAAAAUCAAGCACAUUUUAUAACCGAGAAAAUUCAAGACAAACUUAAAAUUGAAGGUAAAAAGAUGAACAAUGCGAUAUCAGAAUUAGAGUCACAGAGAUAUGAUAGUGAUCCAGUUAAAGCAUGGAAGAAAAGCUUAUCUGAUCAACCAACAGUGGAGGAGGAAGAUCAUGAGAGCACUCCUGAAAGUGGACCAAAUUAUAACUAACUCCUGUCUAUGCCAUUUUGGAGUGUGACAGAAGAGAAAGCAGAAGAGCUAUUGCAAACAAGAGAUAAAAAGGUUGAAGAGCUGGAAGAGCUCAAGGGAAAAUCAGCAACAGAUUUAUGGAAAAUGAAUUUGGGACAACUUUCUUACAUGUUUAGAUGAAGUUGAGGAAAGAGAACAUCAGGAAGAGUCAGCUGGUGCAGCUAUUGUUGUUAAGAA